ACUAAAAAAGGUUUCCGCCUUAGAGAUCACUCCAUUUCUGCUGCACUCCUCUCUUCUUCUUCUCCAAAAAUCUCGCUUCUCACCCACAUUGGUAGAUCUCUUCUACCUCCAUUCCUUCCUCAUGCCAUUCGUCCCAAAUCUCGCCUUCUCCGCCUUUGUUGCUCUCUCCAUCUCCUUCUGAGCACAACCACUUCGAGAAGUAGUUGCGAUGUCCUCUUCUUCCUCAAAACCCUCUUCUAAGCCCUCAAAGCCCGUUGCCCAAUCCCAAUCUUCACCGCAACCCAAGCCCUCGUCACUCUCCUCCCACAUCGCCUUGGUUGAGCUCAAAUCCCGUAUCCUCGCCUCAGUCUUGAAGCUCUCCGACCGCGAUACUUACCAGAUCGCCAUCGACGACCUCGAGAAAGUAAUCGGUUCGUUGCCAUCUGAUGGCUUCUCCGUGCUCUUAUCCUGCCUCCUAAUCGACCCUGCUUCCCCGGCCGGCGACUCCGCUGCGGCUGUCAGCGGACGCAAUGUUGCCCGCCGCGAGUCCGUCCGCCUCCUCGCCCUUCUCUGCUCCGCCCAACCAGACGCUGGUGCCAGUCAUCUCUCCAAGAUAAUUGCUCACAUCAUCCGCCGCCUCAAGGACCCUUUGUCGGACUCCUCCGUACGCGACGCUUGUCGCGACGCUUUCGGCUCGCUCGCAACGCUUUAUCUUCGCUCCCAUGCGAAUGAAGCGUAUAAUGGCGGAGGAGGGGGAGGUGGGUCCUCAACUGCGGCUUCGUUGGCUGGGUUGUUCGUGAAGCCACUGUUGGAAGUGUUGGGGGAGCAAAAUAAGACGGUGCAAAUUGGGGCAGCGGCGUCACUCGCAAAGGUGGUGGAAUGCGGGGGAGUCGGCGGCGGAGCGGUGGCGUUUCAGAAGCUUUGUCCAAGGAUCUGCAAGAUGCUUGCAGGGCAGAGCUUCCUUGCAAAAGGGGCUUUACUCUCGGUUAUUUCGAGCUUAGCUCAGAUAGGUGCAAUUGGUACCCAGGGUAUGCCAACUGUGCUUCAAAGCAUUCGUGAAUGUCUUGAUAAUAGUGAUUGGGCCACUCGUAAGUCUGCUGCAGAUGCUUUGGUUGUGCUUGCCUCUUAUUCAGGUCAUUUGAUUACCGAUGGGACUUCUCAAAUAAUUGAUUCUCUUGAGGCUUGCCGUUUUGAUAAGGUGAAACCCGUGAGAGAUAGCAUGAUGGACGCAUUGCAAGUUUGGAAAAAAGUUUCAAGCAAGAGUGAUACUACUGCACCAGAGGAUUCAAUGGAGAGAAAAGUUGCCAAAUCCUGGAAUGAUGAGAAGUUGGACGAUAAACAAUCAAAUCUCAACAGUAAAAGCUCAGGAUCUGUUAAAGAUUUAUCUCUUGAUUCUUCACCUACUGGCGACAAAUUUUUGUCGAAAGGAAAGGACAGCAAUAUUCCAGAGAAUGCUGCAGUUAUACUAAAAAAAAAGGUACCCUCCUUGAAAGACAAAGAGUUGAAUCCAGAGUUCUUCCAAAAACUUGAAACAAGAAGUUCAAAUGACGUUUCUGUUGAAGUUAUGCUACCCCGUAGAUGCCUUGAAUCAUCCCACACGCUAGGUGAAGAUGAGCAAGGCUCGCCUGAAGGUGGUUCUAGGGCUAAUCUUGAUGGAGUUCCUGGCUUCGAAUUGAAUGAAAAUCAUGGACGUGUUGGCCUUAGCUAUCAUAACACUGAGAAAAGGCUAGGCACUAAUAACAAUCAACAAGACUUGGAUUACAUUAUUAGAGAUAAGUGGACUGAAAGAGGAUCCAGGUCAAGGGACUCGAAGAUGAGGUCUUUUGAUGCUCAUGAGAGGGUUGAACUCAAUCAGGACUCUCUUGCACACCGGGCAAACAUAUUUCAGGCUGAAAGUCUAGUCGAAAGCUCUGGCAUGAACAACAAAGGAAAUUGGUUAGCCAUUCAGAGGCAGUUAUCACAGUUGGAGAGGCAACAAGCUCAUCUUAUGGACAUGUUGCAGGACUUCAUGGGGGGCUCUCAUGAUAGCUUAGUAACUUUGGAGAACAGAGUGCGUGGACUUGAGAGAGUUGUUGAAGAAAUGGCACAGGAUUUAUCAAUAUCAUCUGGGAGGAGGGGGGGCAAUGUAAUGAUGGGGUUUGAGGGAUCUCCUGGACGGUCCUCAAACAAGUACAAUAGUCUUCAAGAUUAUGGUGGUUCAAAGUUUGUCAGGGGAAAUGAAAGUAGAAUUCCAUUUUCUGAAAGAUAUCUCUCAUCAGAUGGCAUGGUUCCAGGAUCAAGGGGAAGAGAUGCUCCAUGGAGACCAGAUUCCGAAGGACGGGAUCCUUAUGUAUAUACUGGUCAAAGAAAUGGGGUCUCAAGUGGAAGGAGAGGAUUUACUUCCUCAUUGGUUGAUGGCAAAUUUCCAAAACAUGAGCCUGAUGUUGAGCAAGUUGGCAGCAGAAGAGCUUGGAGCAAGAGUCAAGGACCAUUUAGGCUUGGUGAAGGUCCUUCCGCAAGAAGUGUCUGGCAAGCCUCCAAGGAUGAGGCCACCUUGGAAGCUAUCCGAGUGGCCGGAGAUGAUAAUGGAACCUCCCGGAUUGGGGCACGUGGGCCAAUCGCCGAACUGGAUGCAGAAAUUACAACAUUUGAUAACUCUAGGCAAGAAAGGGGCCAGCUUUGGAUCUCAUGGAACCGUGCUAUGGAUUCACUUCAUGUUGGUGAUUUGGACUCAGCAUAUGCAGAAGUGUUGUCUACAGGUGAUGACGUUUUGCUUGUGAAGCUGAUGGAAAGGUCUGGGCCUGCCUUUAAUGAGCUCUCAGGUGAAGUAGCAAGCGAGUUGUUGCAUGCAGUUGGGCAAUUUGUGCUUGAACAAAGCUUGUAUGACUUAGCUCUUGCUUGGAUUCAGCAGUUGCUGGAUCUGAUCGUGGAAAAUGGAGAGGAUUUCCUUGGAAUACCUGUGGAAGUUAAGAGAGAGAUGCUAUUCAAUCUUUAUGAAGCAUCUGCUAUGGAGCUGCCUGAAGAUUGGGAAGGGGCUUCUGCAGAGCAGAUAAUGCUACAACUUGCUACAGCUUGGGGAAUCAACAUUCAGCAACUUAUGAAGUAAGUUCUACACCUUUUGUUACAUUAUUUGCUACCGGCCCUUCUAGAAAGAUUUCUUUGGUAAAUAAUGAACCUUCAUGAAGCUUCUAGAACAACGGAGCAGCUUCCUUAGAACAGAAUUACACAGCUUCGUCAUCUUGGUUGGAUCUAUAUUCAGCAAUUAUAUAGUAAGGCUCUCUUGAAUUUUUUUUUUUUUCUUUAUAUUUGUAAUGAAUCUAUACAGUAGGAAAUUUUAUUUUUGGUCUACAAGCAUUCAUGUAGGAUACUUUACUAUUGUUAUAUUCAAGAGCUCAUUAGUAGCCGUAGAAACAAGGCUUACAAUUUGCAAACUGUAAUCAAGGAGAAUCUAAUCCAACUGGCUUUUAAUAGGCUCAA